AUGACUACAGACCAUGACUACAGACGAGGAGACGUUUGGGAGACGUUUGGGAGACGUUUGGGAGACGUUUGGGAGACGUUUGGGAGACGUUUGGGAGACGUUUGGGAGACGUUUGGGAGACGUUUGGGAGACGUUUGGGAGACGUUUGGGAGACGUUUGGGAGACGUUUGGGAGACGUUAGGGAGACGUUUGGGAGACGUUUGGGAGACGUUUGGGAGACGUUUGGGAGACGUUUGGGAGACGUUUGGGAGACCUUUGGGAGACGUUUGGGAGACGUUUGGGAGACGUUUGGGAGACGGAGACGUUUGGGAGACGUUUGGGAGACGUUUGGGAGACGUUUGGGAGACGUUAGGGAGACGUUUGGGAGACGUUGGGAGACGUUUGGGAGACGUUUGGGAGACGUUUGGGAGACGUUUGGGAGACGUUUUGGGAGACGUUUGGGAGACGUUUGGGAGACGUUUGGGAGACGUUUGGGAGACGUUUGGGAGACGUUUGGGAGACGUUUGGGAGACGUUUGGGAGACGUUUGGGAGACGUUUGGGAGACGUUUGGGAGACGUUUGGGAGACGUUAGGGAGACGUUAGGGAGACGUUUGGGAGACGUUUGGGAGACGUUUGGGAGACGUUUGGGAGACGUUAGGGAGACGUUAGGGAGACGUUUGGGAGACGUUUGGGAGACGUUUGGGAGACGUUUGGGAGACGUUUGGGAGACGUUAGGGAGACGUUUGGGAGACGUUUGGGAGACGUUUGGGAGACGUUUGGGAGACGUUUGGGAGACGUUUGGAGACGUUAGGGAGACGUUAGGGAGACGUUUGGGAGACGUUUGGGAGACGUUUGGGAGACGUUAG